UGAAAUAAACCAAUAACUUUGAUUAUUUCUCUAAACUUUUUAAAAAUCCUUGCUUUAAUCUCCCUCUAUUCAUCGAUCAAUCUAAAAAAUCUCCUUCACCGAGAGGUUGCAGGAUUCUUGUUCAGCUACGAAUCAUUUGCUUCGUAACAAUUACUCCCCUUAAAUUUUAAUUUCAAUAAUACCAAAACUAAUUCAGAAAGGUUUCACGAUUUAGGGUUUCCACAAUCGCGCCGUCGUUCCAGUCGUGAAGUUGAUCCAGAUUCUCAAUGGGGAAAAAUGACUUUCUCACACCUAAGGCAAUUGCCAACAGAAUUAAAGCAAAAGGACUGCAGAAACUUCGGUGGUAUUGUCAGAUGUGCCAGAAGCAGUGUCGUGAUGAGAAUGGGUUUAAAUGCCAUUGCAUGAGUGAAGGACACCAGCGUCAAAUGCAAAUUUUUGGACAAAAUCCAACCCGCAUAAUUGAGGGCUAUACCGAAGAGUUUGAGACAACUUUUCUUGAGCAUAUGAAGCGCAGCCAUCGUUUCAGCCGUGUGGCUGCAACUGUAGUUUAUAAUGAAUACAUAAAUGAUAGAAACCACGUUCAUAUGAACUCCACGCAGUGGGCUACACUUACUGAGUUUGUUAAGCACUUGGGUCGAACUGGAAAGUGUAAGGUUGAAGAAACACCCAAGGGAUGGUUCAUUACUUACAUAGAUAGAGAUUCAGAAACACUUUUCAAGGAGAGGAUGAAGAAUAAGAGAGUCAAGGCAGAUUUGGUAGAUGAAGAAAAGCAAGAGAAGGAGAUCAUGAAACAGAUUGAAAGGGCUGAGCAAUUGAUGCAGCUAUCUAAUCCCGAGUCUGAUCAGCCCUCACAGGUUGAGCCUCCGAGGGAGCUAAAUGUAGAAGAUGGAGUUAAGAUAGGAUUUUCUCUUGGGUCAUCUGCUAGACCUAUGACUAAGGAAAAAGGUGAGGCAUCGGUGAUGGUCUUUGAUGAGGUUGAGGAAGAGAAAUAUGAGGAAAGGAAUCCUAGAAACGAUCUGAAGAGGAAAGAAAGUGGUGGUGGAAAAUCAACAUUGGAAGAAAUGAUCAGGGAGGAAGAGAGGAAAAAGGAAAAAAUAAACAGGAAGGAUUAUUGGUUACAUGAGGGAAUUGUUGUUAAGGUUAUGAGCAAAGUGUUGGCAGAGAAAGGGUACUACAAGCAAAAGGGUGUUGUGAGAAAGGUGAUUGACAAGUAUGUAGGGGAAAUAGAAAUGCUAGAAAGCAAGCAUGUGCUAAGAGUUGAUCAGGAAGAGCUUGAAACUGUGAUUCCACAGGUUGGGGGCCGCGUAAAAGUAGUCAAUGGGGCAUAUCGUGGAUCACUUGCAAAGCUUCUGGGGGUGGAUACAGAUCAUUUUUGUGCUAAGGUGCAGAUAGAAAAAGGACCCUAUGAUGGCAGGGUACUAAAAGCCGUGGAAUAUGAGGACAUUUGUAAAGCCGCUUAAUGACAAUGACUGAAAUUUUAAUUUAGUGAUUCUGUUUAGUUGCAGGAUUUGGAAAGCUUGUUGUUAUGUAUUACGCAGAAGCUCUAGACUCUAAUGUCAUCUUUAUAACAUAAAUCAAAUCAUGGCGAUUAUCUUUUCAUCUUUAUAGCAGAAAAGGAUGGUGAUUUUGAGUACUA